AAAUAAAAGGGUCUGAAACGAGGCUGACUGUUGAGUAAUAGCUCGAAGGGAUUCAGCUACUUAAGCUGCAGGGAGACUGAAUACCGGAUUAAAUCAUAAAAAUUCAUUUCUCUUGCAAGGUAAGGUGACUGAAAACCUCCCUCAAAACUCCUUUUCUUAAUCUAAGUAAAAGAAAAACUCCAAAAAUUCAAGGCAUACGAAACUGGCGGAAAUCGAUAUUUAGGUGUUAGAGACUGAUAUGAGUGCUAAAUUAACAGAAAACAAACUAUAGCCGUGCAGUGAAAGAGUAAAAGAGAAUGUUUCUGCACGGUAAACUUACCCAAUUUGUAAACGUUCUUUGCGGAGCAUACAAAGGGGCAAAAGCAGAAACUUCCAUACAAAGUAUCGUUUGGUCAGGCAACAAACUUACUGAGGAAAAUACUGGGCGAAGUAUCGCUACUGUUAAAGAGAAGGGGAGUUUUUAAAAAAAGGGAAUUAGUAACAAACACUGUAAAAUGCAAAGAACUAAAUCCAUUUGGAGUGUACGAGUUUAGGGUGAUUAGAGGGAAGAGCCCAAUUAUGGCAAGAAAUAGCAGCAAUACUCAGGUCUGGAAUAAAUGUUAACCGCUUCCGGCCUUGAGAAAGGCCUUGAGAACUGAAUUGAGAGCGAACAUUUUUUUAGUGUCCUAAAACCGUUUUUUUAGGGCGACAUGUUUAAGAGCACCAACAACGAAGGCGUCGCGUCGUACUAAAAUGCCAGGGUUUACACAUUAAAAUGUAAUGGAAAGAAAUUUGAUUUAUUUCCCUGUAGUACUAAUACUUAAAGCACUUCGCAUAUUAAUCAGCGGUUUAUUUGGCCCUCUUUUCCUUUCUUACAAUCAAACCUGGGCUUGUGUUUGAAGACUGUUGAUUUGGAAUUAUGAGAUAUAAAGCCCCCCUAACCCUCCCUCCCCCCCAAUAAAAAGGACAAACGAAUGUCCAGAUCCUCUCGAUCGGAUCUCGAGGUUGACCAAUAAGAUAAAACGACGAAAGGAUUGAAAUCACCUCUUUUUUAAAUGUCAACAUCAAAUCUUAGAGCCGUUUCUCCAAGAUAUUGAAAAUUCAGGAUAACUGAGGAAGACAAACCUAAACAAUUAUAGAAGCAUAUGGUUUUCAGUUUUCAUUCCUGAUCAGUUUCUUUCCCAUAUCUUAUAUUUAGAGGACUGAACACACACAGACAAGCUUGAAGUGUUAUGGCGGUAAGUUGAAUAUGAUAUGUUCUCUGAUUCAGGAAUCCAGAGUCUUGCCACAAAAAGGUUAAGUUGUAUUAGGUUGCUUGCCUUUUUUUUUCAGUUUUUUACUCUUUGAUUCACGUGUGUUCGGUUUCGGUGAUGAACGGUAUAUUUUAUAUACGCAUAAUAUUGAUAUUACUAGUAAGAACCUGGUGGUUUAAGCUGUCAGACAUUUGCUAUUUUAACAACCAAAAUACUAAGUUAAAAACAUUUUAUGAGCUGUACCUGUUUAGCCAAGCAAGAUCAAGCAAGCUCUUUUUUGUGGCAUACAGUCAAAUUAUGACAAACAUUUUAACCACGAAGUUUGACUUUGAGAUUGGAAAUUUUAUAGCAGUCUUAUAUUUCCUUCACAGAAAAUAGAAACCGAAUUUAAGAAUUAAUCUUCUUGGGCUGAAUUGGGAAUCACUACUUAAAAAUACAGGAACCUAUUUCGCCAGAAGUCCAAAAAUGCAAGUUCUUACACGUGGGAAGGGAUUUUAUUGUAAUAAACGUAACGGGGAAGUCAUACAUGACUUUUUGCCAAUUAUUAUGGUACCAGAUGCCUUGUUGAUGAACGCUUGAUUGACAGGCGUUCGAAAGCGGAGUAGAGAAUUCGGGUGCACAGGAAACGUACCGCUUGCAUGUAUACUUGCUCACCCUAUCCCAUAGGCUAGUCUUUUUUUACUUAAUAUCGCUCCCCUCCAGCUCGCUUUAUGACUCCUUUCUGCCGUGAAACUCGCGAGGAAGACUUUUGGAAUGCAUUGUGCUCCAAAUGUGAGAACGCACGUUUGUUGGGAAGAGGCACACAUCGGCGACUUUGAUAAGAUUCAUGCACGUAUUCGUAAGAUUGAAACAGUUCGAUAACGUGACUCGUAAAUCUUUUCAGUUGACUUAGUCAUUACGCUAAUCAUACGGAGUAACAGAGGUUUUAUAUAUUUUGCAUUCAGUUGAUUGACAAGUUGCUACGUGAAUUCGCGAAGGAAAAUUUUGGUGAUCACGAAGGAAGCUAUUUCCCUGUUGUCCAUGGCCGAACCCAAGAUAUAAAGUUACUUACGCUUGUAGUAAAGAAACCUACCACAUCCGAUCGAGAAUGUGGAGGCAAACCGCAGAGGUACACCGUUCUUACGGAAUUAGGAAGGUACGCAGCUGAGGAAAACGCUGAAGAAUUUGAGGCCAUUAUGAAGAAACACAUCGUAAAAGAAGACUGCGGGGUAUUACAAGAGGGUGAAAAUGAAGAUGAUAAAGGAGCUGGAAGGUAAAUAUUAAAUUGACAGUAAUGAAACAUUACGCAUGGUUUAUAUAAAAAAAAACGUUUUUAUGCUCUGAUCAGAUUUGGGGUACCUUGCGAGUUGAUCAGUCUACUUCGUUCUUCUUAGAUAACUCGGUAGGAAAGGUCAAAGCGACUGUGUUAUCCAAAAAAAAAUACUCAAUGUAAAAUCUGAGAAACUGAAAUCACUACUAGGUUACUGCAAUGAAAAGAAAUAUUGUAGAAACUAUCUGGUCCACUGACAGAAAUAUCACCUCUCUUGAUAAUCUCCGCCCAUUCAAGGAAUUUUCGGUUAUUUCUUUUUUACCCAGUAGUGCAGUACUAACCAGUUUUUCAUGUUUCACCAGCCUCUAAAAUCUCACGCGAAUACUAAUUUGAGUUCUUUAAUUCAGCUCGGUAGAAAUUGGGGGAGACGCUGAUAAUUUUGGCAGGAAAGGGAUCACGAUAAGUGAAGAUCUGGGAUCCCUAGUGUUGGGAAGAAUUGAUCAGGAAUACAUACGUGAUCCGGACCUACGUGAAAUAUUGGCUAAAACAGAUAUAGACAACGAAAAAACAGGUGCUUUCGAAGGCCAACAACUGAGCUUGAUAAUCUCAGUAAUUUUCAGUGAGCGAUUUGAAGUUAAAGGCAAGAGAAGGAACAAGGUAUUUUACUGUCGGAAAACUAUUUCAUAGUAGUAAAGUAGUGAUGAAAUUAAUACGGUAACCUUUUUGCGUAGAAAUCUCAUUAUCUUACGCAAAACAUCAAGGACAAAGUUAAUUUCAUAGGCGUUUGUCUUUUCUCUAAUGAAUAAAUGCGGGAUCGACAGAGAGUCAAUAAUGCGUAGGUGUUCAUGUAUUAUUGCACAAGUCAAUGAGAUAGCUGCGCAAAAGCGGUUAAUUUCAUCACUACUAUACCACUUUCAAUCAUAUCUGAUAUUAAAGUGAUGAAUAAGGGAGAAGAGAAAAGGAGACGAUUUCUAACAAAAUAAAAGUGUAUACACAAAACUACUUUGUGUUUAAUUUCAUUUUUACUUAUAAAUAAGCGAUCUUGCACGUUCUUGAAGCUACAAGUUUCUUUUCUUGUGAUGGGCUGUACUGUUGUAGAUUGAGUAUGGCAGAGUGUGAAUUACGGUGGUCUCUUGAUAAGAAAUAAAAGUUUAAGAUCCGGAAAGAUGCAUUACUAUAGCCAAAAAGUAAUCCUCAGUUUACAUUAAUGCCUCCAUUCGGUGGACAAAGUACUACUCUAUCUACUUAUUUGAACAUUGGUUUUGAAGAUGGAAGGAGAGGCAGAAGUAAAUCCUCCAGGGGUGAAAGAAACAUGCAAGACGAUUGAAAUUCCUCCAAAUAUAGCAACGAGGCCGAACUCUCGAGGACCAAUCCUGUUCAAGUGCUGCCGCGUUGUAUAUAACAAGGAAACAAAUCGGUUGGAACUCUCCGAUGAAGAGGUUGUUGGAAAAGAUUUUCUAAGAUGUAAAGAGGACGAGGAGGACGAUGAGAUCGAUAACAGUAAGAUCAUAUACAUAAAUAUAUACAUAUAUUUUAUAUAUAUAUAUAUAGAAAGGAAGGGGAUCGAGGGAUGACGCAGUGGUGAGAGCACCCAUCUUUCACCAAUGUGACCCGAGUUUAAAUCUCGGCAUCGUAGCCAUAUGAGGUUCUCUCCUUUGCUCCAAGACGUUUUUCCUUGGUACAUAUACUCCGGCUUUCCCCUCUCUGGAUCGAAAACCAACAUUUCCAAAGUCCAAUUGCACCAGGAAUGUGGAUGUGCUACCUGUAAAUCGUUUUUUAUUGUCGAUUUAUUGAUUUAUUUAAUAAAAAAGUAGAAAAUGGAAGUCAUUACUUUGAUUUGACCGCUGUUGUAGCUCUUCAGCCUAAGUAUAGCGUGUUUAUCGACGUAAUUUGAUUGUAUAAUUGCACAGAUAGAUUGAAUUUAAUUAUAUAAUGCUUGCGAACAAUUAGUUAGGUUAAUCUAUUAAGUGCUGGCUUAUACCUCAAAAUGUAAUUAGAAAACUAUCUUUAGGUGCAGAUUCUUAAACAUAUAAGAAAACGUAUGACAUGGAAAGCAUUUAAAACAUUUUUGAGUUUGUAACGGGAUAAAGCUUUAAAUCACGACCUGAGGAAUAAUUCUGAAAUAUUUUCUUUAUGUUGUAGAUGAAUUUUGGGGAACAGUGCACAUUGUAGCUAGAGUCCGAGGAAUAAUUCCGAAAUAUUUUGUUCUUAUUAUAGAUGGGUUUGGGGCACAGUGUACAGUGUAGCUAGAGUUGCCUCACCUUUAUUUUCUUUCCACAAGGUUGGGAGAUUUGUGUUUUGUUCAAGAUAAGGCGUAGCAAUAUAAAUUUUUGACAGUUGUAUUAAAAUGAUAUCUUCUAAAUUCAUCCAACAGGUUUGUCUGAGAAAAAUGAAACUGGAACAAACGGGGCUGCGCAGGACGAGCCUUUGAAGUCAAGUGACUGACUUUGCUACCAUCUUGAAGCAAUUUUAUGAUCGCAUCUCGAGUCUAACAUGUAUCUGUGAGGUGCGAUCGGGGUUUAAAAUAGUACUGUAAACGUAAAAAUAACAUAUGUUUUUUCUUUUUACUUUACUUUCAAUCCCGGUCAUAAUUACUUGAAACUUUUAAGGAAACACAUGAGAGAGGGUACACGUGUUGCUUCUAUCUCCUUCCCCUAAUAACACAGAUGGAAAGAUGGAGGGAGUGGGAAGGGGCGUGGGGAGGGGGGGAGGGUGAGGUUAGGGGGAGAGAUCUGUAAGGUAGCCUUCCAGCAAUUAUGAUUAUGACCGAGAUUGUGUCUGCUGAUGUUCAAUUUAUAAGAUAUGACAAUUGCAGAUGUUUGUAAAACGUUUAAAUCUCGUGAAUGUCUCUCACGGCUGUUGCAUACUUAAACAUUAGUGCCACUAGUACUAAGAGAUUCAAAGUUGCGUCAAACCAUCACGAAAAUGAAAGAUUUCUUAUUUGCGUAUGAUAGAGUCGUUUAGAUUUGUUGAGCGUGUCUAAGUGUAGCAUAAUCGUUGCUAGUGAUUAAGAAAUUUUCGUUAUUAAACCACACUCAUGGCUUGUCGAUACGUACUAUUGUUUCAUUAUGGCGAUGACUGGUCGUUUGCUUUCACUCACCUAAGAAUCACCUGAUUAGAAGUCAUGUGAAUUAAUGAGGAUCGUAGAGCGCUUAAUAGUGAACUUACUCAAGAGAACGGCGGAGUAAAGAAGACAGCAAACCGUGUGUGACAAGCGUCGAAUGGUUUUGUUUCAAAACGCUCUUCGCCAAAUUUCCCCGUUUUUUAAACAGAUGUUUUGUUUGUGAACAUCACGACGGGUGUCAGUAAAACGAGGGGUCGGGGUCGGUGUCGGCGCCACCCUAACUUUAACCCUCACCUUAAAACAGCAUUAUUUAAAAAAAGAUAGAUCCUGUCCCCGACCCCGGCCCGACCCCGAGUUUUUCUGACACCCGAUUACGACAAAGACGUACGUUAUAGCCCUGCCACUUUUGUCACGCCCGAAAGUUUUCCGUUCUCUUCCAUUCUGCCAUCCUGUCAAGUAAGCUCGCUAAUGCCCGAUGUUGGCAAGUAGGAACGGCGAGGUCAUAAUGGUUUAUGAAUUAUGUUUUGGUUUUUCUAUUUUUUAAAUUGUAACUGUAGAAAUUGCAGAAUUACAAAGUAAGUAGAAUAGGUGCAGUAUUAGUUUUUUUCUAAUCAGAACAUCCAGCGGUAACUAUAAUGUAUUUGGAGAUUAAAAGAUUUCAUCGCCAUUGACAUUGCCUCACGUGAUUAUCGUACUGUCUUUUCAUUGCGAAAUAUACUGUCAAUCUUUUGUAAGUCCUUCUUGGGUACACCCAUUCUGACCCUUUGAAUUCUGACUACACCCAGUAAUAAAGGCAAUCGCAGCCAUUAAUUUUGCCCUAAUUAAGCGAAUAUUGGUUCCAGAAUAUGGAAAAUUUUCCUUGUGGAAUCCUGAAUCCUAGGCUUUUGAAUCCGGAAUACAACUCAAGGAACCCGGAAUUCAAGUUCCAAUGACAAGGACCGGAAAUCCGUAUCUAGCAUCCAGAAUCCACAGCUUGGAAUUCAGAAUUCAAGACUGACUUGGAUUCCCUUACAACAAAUUGGGGCGAUCAAUUGAAGCACAUUAGAAGACACGUUCAGACCAAGUACUUUUACGCGGUGAUAACUUUAUUCCCUCUCACCGAAAAAAUGUUAUCGUUUUUCCGAGUUUGAUUGAGCGUAAAGUCCCUCGCAAUCAAUUCUUUAUUGAAAGGGAAUCGUCGUUUCAAGGACAAUGGCCGAGAAAUAAAGAACCCAAAAAAUCAACCUGUCGGUACUGGCAAACUAUAGCCUGUCAUGAAGCAGGAAUUUAGGUAGCGCGAGAAAACAGCCGACAUUCAUCGGCGCCACCACUGCUUUCCCCGCGAAAGGACGACUGAAAAACGAGCGCAGAAUUUUCACACUGAUGACGUAUUAUUAUACCCAGAUCUUGGUGGUGUUUUUGACUAGUUGAAGCCAAUUUCCCACGCAGCACGACGAACACACGAGGGACCUAAAGCAAAAUCUCGUCUGUGCAUGCCCUCAUUAUAAAUGCACCGCUAGAAUUGAAAACUACGGGAAAUUUCCUUUCUUGUGAUGUAUAAUUUGCCUUUGUUGGAGAGGAGUUUGGCUCCAUAAAUGGAAUUUUAAAGUAGCUACUUAUAGUUCUUACCCAUUUUCGUGUGUCUGCUCGGCAAAAUUAAAAAUUACAAGACCAUAAAUAAAGUUCAUUUUGUUUUUGCGUUGUGUUGUGGACACAUAUUUCAGUUUUAAUUUAAUUAACAAUGUCUAUGUCUUCCAUUUGUUUAGUACUUGAAAAAACAAUAGAGCGAUUACCACAUUUUACAUUCAAAAAUUCAAAGGAGCCUGAGGAACCCUAUUCUCUCCUUUUAAAACGAGUUUUGCUUAUCUCAGUCACUUUGAGUCAUUAAAAUUCUAAAGCCCAGGAUUCCGGAAUUGCACGGUUUGCGCAAUCCAGACUUUAUUAUUAUAAAUAAGACUUUAUCAUAAAUUUUCUAAAGAAUAUUUUUACAAGUGUCCUGGCACCUCAAAUAGCUGUAGCUAGUCUAGGCAGGCCAAGAAUGAUACGGAAAGAAAAGAACUGCAAUAAAAUUAAGGUAAAAAAAAAAGAAGUAGAAAGCAAGAGAAAUUCAUCAGUUUUAAAAUGAAUGCGGAGCAGUCAACUAAUUGCAAAAAUUAUAGUCUUAAGAAGAAAAACGUAUGAAAAAGAUGCAUCUAAAACUCUAAGGAGGAAAAGAAAACAAAACAUUAGCUCGCUGUUUUUAGAGGCAGUAUUACAAAAUAAGUAUCGCCAGUCAUCAGUAUAUCAAGCAAAGACGCACGAAUAUUAAAUCUGAAUUUGUGUUCUGAAAGUGCGCGCAACUUGGUCGGUAUCUCAUUCCAUAAUUUGGCACCAAGAUUCGAUUUUUUUCAUAUAAAAGUUUUGAGAUGUAGACGACCUAGUGCCGUAUGAAUGUACACGAGAAAGUGGAAGGAACAAUUCCUGAAUGUUUGUAGGUACUAAGUUGUUUCUCGAGUCAGACAUUGUUUCUGCUAGUAGCUGAUAAUAGAGAAAGUUAAUUGGUAAUAUUUUUGUAUUUAUAAAGAGAGAUAUGGCAUAAUCACGUGGUUUAGCAAAGUGAAUAAAGCAAAGAGCGCGUUUCUGAAGGACUAGAAGUUUGUUUAGUUGUGAUUUGCUUGCUUGACACCAUACAAUUACACCGUAUCGAAGAUAGGGUGUAUCAGAGAGUGAUAAAUGGAAAUAAGUGUGCUAAAGGCAAAAAAAUGUCGAAAUUUCGAUAACAGCCCAACAGUUCUACUGAUUUUUUAAACAAUUGUGUCAAUGUGGUUAUUUCAAGAAAGUAUACCAGAGUACCAUACAUGGAGCGAAUCAGCGUCUAAACAAUGCCUGAUUCAUAUAUAGCAAACUCUUUUUUUCCAUUUCGUGUUUUUGUUUUGGGGUUUGUGAUCCUGUUUUGCAUUUUGUUUUCGGUUUUUGGGUGAGUUUCUGUUUAAUAUUUUGGGAUAUACGUCUCUCAGGCCUGGUGGGUGAUUCUAUUUUGGGUUUGUUUGUGUUUCCUUUUGGGGAUAGUGUAUUUCUGUUUGGGAUCUUUAUUUCUCAGUCCAGAUUGACGUUGGGUUAUCAUUUUCCGUUUUGUCUAUGUGUGUUUCUGUGCGGGGUUAGCGGGUUAUGUUUUCGAGUCUUGUUUUUUGUUUUUUAUCCUUUCGGCCACCAUAUUUAUGUACUAUGAGGAAAACAUGUCAUUGAACUUUCUCGUAACACGACAUGCUCAGCCAAUCAUAUCGAUACCUGAAAUCACACCCUCUCUCCUUUAUCUCUAUAAUGUUUCUUGUGAGAAGAGGGCAUGUUGUAUAUAUUUGUCAGAUCUCGUGUAUUAAUGCCAUAAUACAAUAUUUUUUUUCGUAUUAGCUAAGAAACAAUACCUAUGAAAUACAAUGUCCCUUUUGCCUGAUGAUUUGGUUAAAUGUUCUUGUCACGGUUUUCUGAUGCUUGAAUUCGUAUGUGAACGAAACAUAACCGAUUCAGGUAGAAAACAUGUAACUUAAUUUCUUUAAUUUACGUUUUUUUCUUUUUUGUUUUUGUGGCAGAUAAUAAUGAAGAAAUGAAUAUCUUGUUUUAAAACUCUCAUAAGAUUUAUGAUCAAAGAAAGUGAUCAGUAGUGGUCACUGAGUAAGAGAUAAGUCAUUAGAUAUGAAUGUAUUAAAUUUUUUAGCACACAAGAACCCUCAAGCAAUUUACUGCUUUAAUAUUCAUCGUGUUUAAAUAAAGGAUAUUGAUUAAUUAAUAAAUUCAUUCAUUCAAGUCCUUAACGCAUGAAAAUCGUGCGUUCUGGGGGAAUCUUUGCUGACGUCUUUGUUUAAAUUUUGUUGCCGUAUCGUUAAAAUUUUAUAAAAAGGACUAAACAAGAAUCACCUUCCAAAACUGAAAAACAACUCAACACAAGCAACUGCCAAUAUUGAAUGACAAGAUUGAAUAAAUAAUCUGUGCAGUUUUUAGCUUUUUUCAUGCAAUACUUAAGGAAGUAUCAGCCAGCAAGGUACGCACAAUCUCUGGGUGUAAAAGAGUUUAUUCGACCAUCAGUCCAUUUGUAAAAUUUUGAUUUUUUAACAUCAUAUAUCAGAAAAGAAAAAAAAAAAGAACCGAAAUAUUCGGAGAGAGUGUAAUUCAGCUAUUUUUUCUCACUAAUAGUUUAUGAAAUGACACUUUUGUAACUUUAUUAGAAAACUAGAAGUGUGCGCAUUUACGUCACCAUCACACUCCAAUAGUAGCAUUGCGUUUGAGCACAGAGCAGGAAGUGUCGAUACUCGAUACUUAACGCCUAUUGGAGGAAAAUAGGCGAGGGGAAGAUCAGAUGAGAGACCUGGGAACGAAUUCAGGUAAAUAUUGCUGAAUUCAGAAACUGUUCACAUUUUUGUUUCAAACAGCUCGAAGGAGAUUUCCUAAAGAAUCAGGAAUUAAUCAAACUCUUCAGAAACAGAAAUUUCUUCCGCAAGGUAAGAUGACUAAAAACCGUGCUUGAAACAUCCUUGCUAAGAGGGAGAGCGGAAAGUUUGAGCGUACACCACCAAAACGAUCAAAAGCGAUCAUUAAAAAAAUCCAUAAUUUAAGGUUAAAGACUGAUGUGAAUGUCAUAGCAUCAAACAAAAAUUAAACGCACUCCAGGCUAUAAUGUGUAUUAGAAAAAUAGAAGACUUCACCUAGCUGAAUGUGAGUUGGAACAUUUUAGAAGACUUUUAAUAGGAAAAGAAAUACACAAACAACAACAAAAUUAACAGACAGACAAAUAUCAGAACACUAACUCGAGCCAGUAGCUUGGAGUAUCUUAUAAGCAAGGAAAAUGGGGAUAAUUGGAUUCAAAAUUCUGGAAAAGCUGUUUCUUUAAUGGCAGAUGUGUAAACCGUCUAUGUAAUUAAGCGAUCAAAUGGUUUGAACUCUAAUUUAUUUUAUUUUGAGGUUACUCUGCUCACUCAGACCGUGUCGUUACGCGACAAUUAAACUUUCUAGAUAACAAGAUUUUUCAGUGGUUUCCGUCUUGAUAUCUCUUAAUCAGUGAAUACUUUGUGUAAUAUCAAAUUUAUCUUGAGAACUGUGAGUAUUAAGCACCGAUAGGAACUAACUCUUUUGUAAACGUCACACCAAAAUUUUUAAUGGCAUUUCCUUAAUAUUAACGAAAUAUUGAUGAGGAUCACAGAACCAGAAAAAUGUAACAGUAGAUAGAAACAUGGUUUUCAGUUUUACUUUCACCUGAUUGCCAUAUAUCUAUUUUUAGAGGACUGAACACGCACAGACAAGCUUGAAGUAUUAUGGCGGUAAGUCAAAUUCAGUAGGCUCUCUGGUCGUUGCAUCCGUCGUAUAGCCCACAAAACCAUUUAAUUAUUUGCACUUUACUCUGCGUAUUUCCCUUUAGUUUUACUUUCUUUUCGGUCAUGAAUCUGUCAAAACGGGGUGUCAGUUGAAUGUUUUGUGUAAACGUUUGAGCAAUUAUCACCAAAAAGAUUAAACUUCAUGGCUAACUGAUCAACUUCCAAAUAAUCAAAAUCGUUUCAGCCAUAGUCGUGCGCGGUGUGACCAAACUGUUCUUUAAACAUGAUCUGAACAGUGUUUUAAAAGCACUGUGAAGUCCUGGAGUAAUCCCAACCGAUAUCACUAAUCCGUUGUUAGGCUCGACUGGUUUUUUUUUAGGGGGUAUACUUCCCCACUUAAAGCGUUUACUGGUUCGGCAUUAACAAAGACAUCGGAAAAAGGUUGGCACAGUUGUACUAUGUAAAGAUGAAAAGUUGUUAUGAUACAUGUUUUAUUGACAUCAGAGUUACCAUGGAAACGUGAUGACGCUACGUUAUUUACUUGCCUUUGUAUUUCUCGGUACCACGAGCUUUUUUUUUUCGAAAAUCGGUUAUUAGUGGCCUUGAUUAUGACAAAGUUUGAGCAAAUUCUAUGAGAGCGUUUUCGAAAUAUUUUAAACAAAGUUUUAAGGGUCAGAAAAACACUGAAUGAACAUGCUAUCGAUAUAAUUAGCUAAUAUCUAAGAAAACGAUGAGCUCUGAAACUGAUGCAGUUUCAUCGUAUAGUGGUUUGAUUUCAUCUGAAUCUUUGCACGAAAAAAGAGGGAGAUUGCGUCGGUCGAUUGCGAGAAAAAAGAAUUUGAUUAGACUACGUUCGGCUGCUUUCUUUACAUUUUUUGAGUGUAAUUUGGUCUAUGCCUACAAAUUUCUACUUGCGGUGAGAAAAUAUAUCUAACGCCCAUUUAGAGUUCUGUAAGCUUAUAUCAAAUCUGGUACUAGAUCAGAUCGUUGUCUCAAAUCUUGCAAACGUGCAUAAACUUGGCGCAUAAAUUAACUGUGCUCGCCUUCAUGAAAUAAGAUAUAUACAUUAUUAUAUAAACACCAAUGAAAUACCAAGUGAGCGUUCGCGCGAAAACUUGAUAUCUUCACAUGUGAAAAUGUCACCGUUUCUAUGGCUUCAUAAUAAUUCGCACCUUUCAGACCAAAAAACUGUUUAAGUAAAAUGGUUUGGUAUUUCAUUGGUUUUUAUAUAAUAAAUAGAACAUUACAUGGUCGCUUGAAGAUACGAAAUUUCUCUUCUGCUGUUGAAAAAAAUAUAUCACUUGAGACUUUCAAACCCUGACUUACGCAUCAAGCAAGCUAGGUGAAAAACGAAAACGAUGCCAUCCGAAAUCGGUUCCGACUUUGACAAGCGACGCAUUUCUCAAGCAAAAGCCCAAUAAACAAACCAGCCAUGAAUAUUAGAAGACUCUUGAUAGCAGCUGUAUUUCAUUUUGUACAUCCAGUGGAGAAAGACAGUUAAAAACAUCACAAGUUGACACAAAACUCUGUCAGCUUUAGCUGUCAAAGAUGCUGCAUAAGUUUUCUGCAUGAACUCACCUGUCAAAUUUUGAAAAAUCAGAGCACAAAAAUUGGACGUAGAGCGUGAUCAACGCGUGAAGAUGGUAAGAAAAGGUCUUCCCCGCCUGUAUUUUUAAACAAGUGGCUGAAUUUUUGCGUCCGAGGUCAGUUUGAAAUAAAAAAACGUAAUAGUGCGGGGCUAGCUAAUAGCUAAACGAUAAAACGGUGGCCAUGUAGGAGUUGAAACAUUUUCUUACGUUGACAAAUUCUUCUUCGGUAACGAUCCCGACAUUUUUUGACCAGCGUAAACCGGUACAUCCCACUAGGCGUGUGCAUCAGAUGACUCAUACACUGGUUUACAUGUAGGUGUUACUCUGCUACUCUGCAUAAGCCUCUUUGGCUUCUUCUUUGAAUCGCCAGUUUAAGUUCUCGCCUCGCCUUGCUUCUUAUACGUUAUGUAACGAGCCUCCAGUCUUCGUUGCUUUCAAUUUUGUCCGGUUUCUAUGUAAUUAACCAGCUCAGUGGAAGAGAUCUUCCCACAUUUCUAGCACUAUCAUCAUCAUCAUCAUAAUGUUCAUCAUCAUCAUCACUAAAAUUAUUAUUAUAAUUAUAAUUAUUAUUAUUAUUAUUAUCAAUACUGUUAUUAUUAUUAUUAUUAUUAUUUUCUCACAUUUUAGCUGAUUGACAAUUUGUUACGUGAAUUCGCAAAGGAAAAUUUUGGCGAUAAAGAGGGUCAUUAUCUCCCUGUUGUCCAUGGCCGAACUCAGGAUAUUAAGUUAUUUACUCUGGUGGUAAGGACAUCUAGGUACGUUCUGGAACGUCCGUUCAAACGAUAUACAUACACAGUUGUGGCUGGACUAGAACAUUACGUAGCAGAUGGCAAGAGGAAAGAAUAUGAAGCCUUGAAAAACAAAAAGGUUAAAAAAAAUAAUGAGAUAGCAUCAGUCGGGGAAAGUGAAGAUGGCAGCGGUGCUGCAAGGUAAAUUAACGUCACUGAAACAUUACCCUGUAACAUUUACUAGUUUUUGCCUAGUUACCGUUAUCUAUUUUCAUAAUUUACUUUAACCUGCAUCCAAGACACCCAAUCAUAACUAAGAUUAGUGAUCAUACUUGCAUAUAUUCAGUUGACCAUGGGCCUACGAUGAAGUUCUCCCAUGCUUGUGACCUUUGCACCCAAGACUCUUGUUACUCCUUAAUCCAAGAAAUUGGUAAUCAACAGAGCUCUUUUCACCCCUCCGUACCCAAGGGGGAUUAUCACCUCUCAAUCUCAACCUUGAGAGAUUAUCACUCCGAGAGAGGAUUACCACCUCUCGCUACCCUGGGGGAUUAUCACUCCCUAGAGAGGAUUAUCACCUCUCACGACCCCAAGGGAUUAUCACCUCUCACGACACUGAGGGAUUAUCACUCCGAGGAAGGAUUGUCAUCUCUCGCUAUCCGGGAGGAUCAUCACUCCGAGAGAGGAUUAGCACCCCCACUACCCUGAGGGAUUAUCACUCUGAGGGAGGAUUAUCACCUCUCUUUACCCUGGGGGAUUAUCACUCAGACAGAGGAUUAUCACCCCUUACUACCCUGGGGGAUUAUCACUCAGACUGAGGAUUAUCACCCCUCACUACCCCAGGGGAUUAUCACUCAGACAGAGGAUUAUCACCCCUCACUACCCUAGGGUAUUAUCACUCAGACAGAGGAUUAUCACCCAUCACUUUCCUGGGGGAUUAUCACUCAGACAAAGGAUUAUCACCCCUCACCACCCCGGGGGAUUAUCUCUCCGAAAGAGGAUUAUCACCUCUCAUCAACCCUAGGGGAUUAUUACUCCGAGAGAGGAUUACCACCCCACACUACCCUAGGGGAUUAUCACUCGGACAGAGGAUUAUCACCCCUCACUACCCUGGGGAAUUAUCACUCAGACAGAAGAUAAUCACUCCUCACUACCCUGGGGGAUUAUCACUCAGACAGAGGAUUAUCACCCCUCACUACCCUGGGGGACUAUCACUCAGACAGAGGAUUAUCACCCCUCACCACUCUGGAGGAUUAUCACUCAGACAGAGGAUUAUCACCCCUCACUACCCUGACGGAUUAUCACUCAGACAGAGGAUUAUCACCCCUCAGUACCCUGAGGGAUUAUCACUUAUUCAGAGGAUUAUAACCCCUAACUACCCUGAGGGAUUAUCACUCGGACAGAGGAUUAUAACGUCACACCACUCGGGGGGAUUAUCACUCCGAGAGGGGAUUACCACCUCUCACCACCCUAGGGGCUAUCACCUCCUGGAGAGGAUUAUCAACUCUCAUGAAGCUGAGGGAUUAUAACCCCCUAGAGGGAAUGUUUUGUGUUACGAAAGUCAUUCGAACUCAGACAGAGCAUUAUCACCCCUCACUACCCUGGGGGAUUAUCACUCAGAGAGAGGAUUAUCACCCCUCAGUACCCUGAGGGAUUAUCACUUAUUCAGAGGAUUAUAACCCCUUACUACCCUGAAGGAUUAUCGCUCGGACAGAGGAUUAUAACGUCACACCACUUUGGGGGAUUAUCACGCCGAGAAAGGAUUAUCACCUCUCACCACCCUAGAGGCUAUCACCUCCUGGAGAGGAUUAUCAACUCUCAUGAACCUGAGGAAUUAUAACCCCCUAGAGGGAAUGUUUUGUGUUACGAAAGUCAUUCUAACUCUUAAUUCCGUUAAGAAAUACUGCAGAAUGUAAUCAGUUGUAAAAAGUCCCCUCUCUUAAUUAUCAUCAAUGUAUUCAUUUUUCUAUUAAUGCAAAUUUACCCAGUAGUACAGUACUAACAUUCUGUCCUGUAUGUAACAUGCACGCAGACUAAAUUUUUCCUGAUACGAAUUUUUUUUGCUUUUUGAUUCAGCUAUUGUGAAGCUGGAGCCCAAGCUGGUAAUAUUGCCAAUAUUAAGAUCAAGAUAAAUGAAGAUCUGGGAUCCCUAGAGCUAGGGGGAAUUGACGAGGAAUACAUACUUGACCCAGACUUACGUGAAGUGUUGGCCAAAACAGAACUAGAUAUCAAUAAAACAGAAGUGUUUGAAGACCAACAACUGCGUUUGAUAACCUCAGUGAUGUACAGUCAGCGAUUUGUAGUUAAAGGCAACAGGAAAAUCGAGGUAUUUUAGCCGUUGAAAACUAUCUUGUUUUUCUUAUUUUUCUUCCUCUUCUUCGUACUAUUAUUAUUAUUAUCGGUUUUAUUAUUAUUAUUAUUAUUAUUAUUAUUAUCAUUAUUGUUAUAUAGUGAUAAAUUACACGGUAGAGAAUGAAAGGGAGAUAGAUACAUGUAAUUAACACUCUUGUUGUCAUCCCCAUUUUAUCAAGCAGCGAGCUUAAUCCCUGUGACGCUGUGGGUAUAAGUUACUUGUGAAUAGCUGUUUUGUUUUUUCAUAAAACUUUACUGAAUCUCACUGUCUUGCUUCUGAGCUUGUUGUUUUCCAGAUUAGGACCAUGAUUACAAAACCGGGUUAACCCCCCUUUUUUCGAAACACGGAAAGGAGAUUAAGCGCAAGAAUGGACCCUGUGUUAUGAUUACAUGCAACCAAUUUGGCCAGUUUAGCUGAUAUGCCGGUACCGGGGCGGCGUAAAACCGGGAUAAAAGUCGGCUUCACAAAAGCAAGCCAGUCCGACUGAUGUAAUCAGGCUCUAUACGCCAGGCCCAUUAAGGGGGUACUCCGGAUUUCAAUUGACGGGGAUGAUUGAAGAGGGACAAAAAUCAAACCCCCAAAAUAUCCGUAGACGUUCCAACAAACCCCCAAAAGUUCCCUGGACCAAAAAUUAAUCCCCCCAAACAAUCUCAGGGCUAAAAGCGAAGCUCCCGUUCAUAAAUUUAGAAUUUAAAUCAAACAAUUAACCUGUAAUCCACAAAUCAGUUAGCGUUAGGGCACAUUCAUGUGAAUUUUGAGGGAAAGACUAAUUUACGAAAAGGAAAGACUAAUUUAAUUAGUUUUUAAUUUACGUGAAUGAUCUUCCGGACUGUCACCUGGCAAGCGAUAUUAUUCUUUAUGCAGACGAUACUGUACUCUAUUACUCAUCCAAAAGCGUCAGUUAUCUUGAACAUCACAUCAAUGCUGACUUGGGGACAGUGUCUGAGUGGUUCUCUAGAAAUCUUCUGACACUAAAUAUAUCCAAAUGUAAUUUUGUUAUCUUUGGAAGUCCUCAGAAACUGAAUCGUAUUCAAGGCAUUUCGGUUAAAGUAGAGGGCACUAGCAUUGAAAGAACACAAUCAUUCAAAUACCUAGGCGUAACGCUUCAACAGUCUAUGUCCUGGGCAGGUCACGUCGAUGCUAUCAGCAUGAAGAUUAAUCAGAGAAUAGGCCUAAUUAGGAGAAUCAGGAAUCUAUUGCCGCUACAAGCUAGAGUUGCCUUGUACAAUGCCCUAAUCCUCCCUCUUUUUGAUUACGGAGACGUUAUAUGGGGGGACAAGAACAAUGACACCAUCAUGUCAGAAUUACAGAUUCUACAGAGUAAAGCUGCUAAAGUUAUGCUGGGGCAACCACCCCGAAGCUCGUCAACUGAAGCACUGAAAAGUCUAGAUUUGAAGUCACUGUCCACAAGAAGGUUUUUUCAUCGCUGCUUUGCAAUCCACAAGUGUCAUAUUGGAGAAACCGAUUUCAGCUUUAAUUUUACUAAAAGUCAAGCUGUUCAUUCAUAUAAUACAAGACGCUCUAAUGAUAUUCGCUUACCCCUACCCAGAACAAACUGGGGUAAACAAACUUUUAUUUUUCACGCCGCGAAAGACUGGAACAGCCUUCCAAAUGAUUUAAAAGAGUGUAAUAUUUUAUCUAUUUUUAAAUCCAAGUUAAAAACUGUUUUGAAAGAUCUCAGCUAAUUUUAAACCUUGAUGUUUUUUUGUAUAAUCGAUUUUAAGAUUUUAAAUUUUUAAAUUUGUUUUACUUGUAAACAUAUUUUACUUUUUUCGUAAUUAUUAAUUAAUUAGUUAGAUUAAUGCAUGAGGGCCCCACUGAAAACCGCCUUGGCGAGUUGGGCUCCCUCUAUAAAUAUUAUUAUUAUUAUUAUUAUUAUUAUUAUUAUUAUUAUUAUUAGGUGAUUUUAAAGAAAAAGAAUUUGCAAACAGUUCAAGAGUUAAACAAAUUUUACAUCGAGUUAAUAGCCUUUAUGUACACCCGAAACAUAGCAAUCAUCUUCGAUCAAAGUAGAUUAGGCCUGGAAAAAAAAUUCUUCCUAAACAAGAUAACCCAAUCACCCACCUACGACCACCUUUAUUUGUGAUAAUAAGGUUAGUUGGAAAUCCCCGAAAUAUAUGAUAUAUAAUGGUCCUCGGUGGCAGUCAAUUUACACGUUGCAGUACUGUUUCUAGGUUGCUUUCCUUUCCCUAAAAGCGAGGCCAAAAUAAAAAUCAGGCCGGAUUUUUUGCGUUCGGUAAGCGAAUUAUUUCGAAUGAAAGAUGAACAUUUCAGCUUUAAGAUGAAAGUUUUGGCGAGUUUACAGCUGGUGAAACAGUUGCAGAAGGCGCCCGUUCUGUUCAGGUGAGUUAACUUUUCAUGGCUCACGCUGGGCCAGGACACAUGCAAACAGCUGCAAUCGAGGAACUACUUUUGCACUUUUUAUUCGUUUGAGCUCAAACUUUGCAGGAUGGUAGAACUCUGGUAGAACUUUUUUUUUUUUUUGGAAAAGCUCAAUUGCUUUAGGAGAUAUAGCAUCUUGAAAUGUCCUUAUGUUUCUAAAAAUAGUAACAAAAUGGCGGGAAAUUCAAAAAUCAAAGCUUAAUAACUCUUUAACCAAUUGAGUUUUUCAAAAAAAAUUUUCACAUUUGUUUCUAUCACGUCACGUUCUUUCAAAAUUAUUUAUUCGUUUUGCCAUAUCUUAAAAAUUUUAAUUUUGCUAUCAAUCUUGUGACGUCAUUUUCCCGCCAAACACAGUUACAAUCCAUCCUGCAAAGUUUGAGCUCAAACCAAUAAAAAAUGCAAAACUAGUUUCUAGCUUGCAGCUUUUUGCAUGUGUCCUGGCCCAGCAUGGCUAAUAUUAAUACGCGGUUUACAUCGCAGUAAAAAUAAGAGUUGGUAAUAAUCAAAGAAACUUUCUUAUAUUUAAAGUGAAAAUACUUAAGGAAGUCAGAUUGUCAGAAAAUUUAUCAAUUCUUCUUGAAAUUCGAUUUUUUUGGAAUAACGGAGGCCGGAAACAUUCACUAAGUAUAGAUGUCAGGUGCCCAAUAUCAGGCCAGUUUUUUCGUUGCUGUGCAAAGUCGAUAAAAUAGCUGCGUACAUUAUCCGGAUAGCUCUAUUUCAUAUCUAUAACUACAAUUAAAGCGUAGGAUAUAUGAUAUAAUCUGUAUAAUGCAGUUCUACUCAACUCCUUAUGGAAAUUUUCUUCACUCAUUCAGAGACGACUUGAUUUCGUGUGCACGGCUUGUUUCGCGUGACUGCAUUUUCUAUAUAUAACCGGAAGCGUCGGAGUUGAACCGGGAAUUCUCAUACUUUCCCCAGUUGUUACUGCUAGAAUUGGAUUGCAACGGUUUGAAAAAUUUCUCAAAGAGAUUGAAAGAUGUGAAAGAAGGAGGAAUUAGUGCCAGAAAAGCAGGCCUAAUGUGGGGACUGAGCAUAAAGAAAUCAACACUACAGGCCAGACUAAACAGGAGAGUGACCUUUGACCGUUGGACUGACGGCCAUUCGCCAGUUUGCUUGUUUGUUUUAUUUUUAAGCAAAAAAUGAAGGAAAAACAGGUCGCAAAGCUUGGAAACCGUAGCUUUGGCUUGUCCAGGGAUGAAUUCCUUAAAUCAGUGAAAAAAUUCCUAGUCAAGAAAGUAAGAACUAUACCAUUUAACAGUCGCUCGCGUCCCCCCCCCCCCCUCUCAAUACCCCAGUCUUUUGUUAUCAAUGGUUUAUUUCACGAUGCUAGGUCCAGAUCGAUUGAUAUUUUUGGAAUCGAUGGCCAAUCACUUUUUCGCAAGUGCAAGAGAAGCUUAUAAGUCGCUUGCCUGUCGAAAUUUAGGUAUAAUUAUGUUGUUAUUGUUGUGGCGGGAUACUGGGCCAGCUGGCCGGAUACUAGGCAACAUAGGAGCUCUGCAAACAUAUUAAUUUCGCGAUGGAAACGAAGGCCAAAAAAAAUAAACUGUCUUUCUUCGUAUUAAGGACUAAACAGAUUUUCUCUGGGCCAAAUUUCAAAGCUCUUGCAACUAAGAAAGGAAAAUUAUUGCAAUGUUACACUGAAGUGGCCGGAUCCUGGGCAACAUACAUGCUCCAAACGGCGCAGCGAUUAAAAUUGCGACAGAGACUACUAACAAUCAAUAAAAGAAAUAUAAUAAGGUGAAAAAUUUAAAGAGUGAGACAACGUCAACAAUUUUCAUUCACGAAGAAAAGUACUGAGCAGCUGAGAGUAAAGUGUCUCUGAAAAUCCUGAGUUUUUAAGCAUAUAUUACAGCUUAUAAUUAAUACCUUGCAGAUUUAAUAUAAGCUUAUGUCUUAACCCGGCUUCCCGGUAUAUGCUAUUUUUAAAGAAAAUUAGAACUUAAUUCUUCGUAACGCUUUCUUUCUAUUUGCAGUCAGAAGAUGUCUAGAGGCUAUUUUAAAAUUCUGUAAGCUUAUAUCAAACCUGAUCAAAUCUUACAAACGUACAUAAAAGUGAAUAAACUAGCGGCAUAAACUGCGCUCGACUUGAGAAAUAAUAAUAAUAAAAAAAACAUCAAAUACAAUAAUUAUUCAGGGUUAUCAGGUCGAGAUGCAGGUUCUGAAAGCCAUCAAAUAAGGCCAGAAUCGCUUGAGACUUUGAACUCCGUCUUACGCAUCAAGCAAGGUGAAGUGAGUAUUAAGCUCAUUUUUGAAAAAGAUGCUUUCCGAGAUGGGAUUUCCGACAAGCGGCGCAUUUCUUAACCAAAAUCCUAUAAGCAAACCAGCCAAACAAAAUAUUCUUGGUAGCAGCUGUAUUUCAUUUUGUACAUCAAGUGGAAAAAGACAGUUAAAGCCACCACAAGAUGACACAACACUCUGUCAGCUUCAGCUAUCGAAAAACAAGUUUCCAGAUGCUGCAUAAAUUUUCCGCAUGAACUCACGUGUCAUAUUUUGACUAAUCAGAGCAUACUAUAUUUAGAGUGUUUUCACUCACGUGGCCAGCAUCUAUGUUUGCAUAAAAAAGGAACUCAACUCCCACAGGACUGCUUUGGGACACCAACGUGGCCACCGUUUCAUUGUUUUGGGACACCAAUAUGGCCAUCGUAACGUCAUGUGAAAACACUCUAUAGAUUUAGCCAGGGCUAAAAGAAAAGCUCUCGUUAGUCUAAUAUCUAUAGUUUACUCAAAUAAAAUAUAAAAUCGUGUAAUGCUAAGCGGCGACGGCAACGAAAACAGCCAAAAAGAAUCAGUAGGUCUAAUUAGUAAAAAAAGGAACUUUGCUCGUGCAGCACACUUUUUGGACAUUUCUUUGCCGUUUUUUGGCACGACUACAACGAGAAACUUCCGAGGAUGCCUAUAUACCGAGUCCUAACUCGACUCAGAACUCGACAGUUUUUCGCUUUCCCGCCAUUUUCACGCCCUGCAAUUUCCACGACCAUUAACAGGAAGGUUUUCGCGGCAAUCAUGGAAGCUAGGAAAGCUCGAGUUAGGGUUUGGUUAGGGUUAGGGUUAGGGUAAGGGUUAGGUUAGGGUGAGGGCUAGGGUUUCCUCAAUUAUGAUCGUGGAGAUCGUCCCGACCGUCCCAGUAGUCUCAAGUAAUAGGGAACUUAAGAUCCGACGACGGCGACGCCGACGGGAUCGUCAAAAAAAGCAAUAGGUUAAGAUUAGCAAAACAAUAACUUGGCACGUGCAUCACGCUUUUUUUGUACAUUUCUUUGCCUUCAUUGCAUGACUAGGACUUGAAAAUGCCUAAUUUUGCGUUUUCUGGAUUUGCGUAAACAAGCUGCUACGAAAUUUUCGUUCCCAUUCUGAACUUGGAUAUGGUUUUUAGGAAUUCAACUCCAGGAGAGUUUGCCUACAUUUGAGAACGUAAGUGAGUUGGAACUGUCGCAACGAAGAUUGAAUGAACAUGAAUUUAAUUUUUAAGAGAUGUUUUCGCUGCUGUCGCCGUCCUUAAUGUUUAGACGAUUGAAAAGAUCAUAUGGAAACGCUAACCGGACGAUCGCAAACGACUUGGACGACUGAAACAACCUCGAUCGCUUGGAUAGAGUUGAGUUCUAUAUGGUCGACGAUUAGGGCGAUCAUGUAAAUUUUGUAGCGGUCAUAUGGAAAAGCUCUCAGACAGCUGAGACGAUUGGGACGAUCCAAGGCUAUUCCAGAAAUCCUCAGUUUUAUUCUAGUCAUCGAGAAUAAAUUCGGCCUUAACGGCGCUGAAGUCGAAAAAAAAUAAUACAAAAACGUUCGCACCACGUAUGGGCGCUAUUUGAAAUUAGCUAAAGUCAGUAAUAUCAAGUUCUAGAAGUGAUACUACAGUCGUGGAACUCUUCUAGCAGCUCGACGCCGUAAAAUCGAGAGAAAAAGCAGAUAGCGAGGCACGAAGUUCGCUCUCCGAUUAAAAUCCAUGAUUAUGUUUGGCUUGUUUGCGAAACACGCGCAAAAAUUCUAUUGUCUCACCCAAAGACAUAGCUGAGGCCCCGGCGUGUCUUGUCUUUAAGGCGAUCGAGGCGAUCAUAUGGAGCUGCCAAUCGUCCCAGUUGUCCUGAUCGCCUCGAAAUUUUUUGAAACGACUGGGGCGAUCAAGAAGAUCCGGACGAUCAUAUCGAAACCAGGUUUUAGAGUAAGGUUAGGAUAAGGGUAAGGAGAUUACGAGUCAGGUUCGGGUUGAUGUUAGUUUAUCUAGAAAGUUCCAGAAACUUCCUAGUUACACGUUUUAUGUGUUCCUGUUCAUUUUUUCUUUCGCUGCCGCUCAUUUUCACCUUGAUGGCCGCUAGCAUUUUUCCUUUUUCUCACCGCCGCUAUAAAUUUUUGAUGUUUUUCUUCCACAGAAAUUGGUCUCCUUUGUUUUUUACUCUCGCUCUAGCUCUUUCUCUAUUAUCCAUGUCAAUGUAGACAAUAAAAUUUAGUCGACAGAAAGAAUCGGCUUUGGUGUUGUUGUUUUUAUCGCUAAAAGUCCGAAAAGCUAUGCGAUUUACCGCCGAAACGUGUCGAAACGUACGGGUGCUCGAAAAGCAAAAUUCAAUCCCGGCUUACAUGAAGGGGUGGACCUUCGUAGGGAAGUACACCUCACGGACGAUUUUCUCAGAACCAAAAUUUCUUGGAUGCAUAGAUUGCCACAUUUUCUUACCCAUGGUGCUCCUCUACGCGCCCUUCGCGCACGCGAGAGCUCUGCUGUUAAAACAGCCUCAAAACAGGUUUGGUUGUGAUUCGCAGAGCCACGAGGCGGGGAUACGCAGGCACUACCACGAAUCUUCAGAUUGUAUUGAAUACCCAAAAAAAUCUCUUUUAAAUCAAGCCACCCCAAAAAAUACUUGCCAAAGUUUCCUACCCAAAAAAAUCCUGGAAGAGAAGAUUUCUAUUAUCCCCGUCACUUGAGAUCCCCAGUACGCCCCCUUUCCCCCUGGCCAGGCUUUCUUAAAAUCUCGCUAUUGCGUGGGCAAAAAUACUCUAUUCAAUGACUUGUUUGUAUCAAUUUUAAAGGUGGAAGCAGAUGCAGGAAUCAAUAUCCCCUUGCAUUUCCUCUCUCAGAUGAAAGGAAAAUACAUAAAGGUGACUAUCCCUCCAAAUAUAGCAACAAGGGCGAAUACACGUGGUCCAAUCCUGUUUCAGUGUUGCCGUGUCGUCUUGAACAAGGACAAAAAUCGAUUGGAACUCCCCAAGGGAGAGGUUGUUGGUAGACCUGUAAACAGAUGUAAAGAAGACGAGGAGGAGGAGAGCAAAAACACCGCAGUCAGCUUGGUGGAUGACAUGGACAGUUAUUUGAUAGGUAAGAUC